AUCUGAUAAAUUUGUGAAAUGGCCACAACGGAAAGCAUCGAAUACAUUUACCACUUGCCCUUCUUUGAACAAACAGAAUUUUGCAAAAUUAUGAACCAAAAUGAUAAGUGGGAGGAGCUGGCUGGCUGGAUGGAAUAUAAUGUCUUAACGAUACAAAGUUUAAGAAAGGAGGAAAAUCCCACACUUGAGCUCUUGGCACUGUGGGGCCUUCAUAAUCACACAACAGCAGAACUGUUUGUGUUAUUAACAAAAAUGCAACACUAUCAGUCAAUGGUACUAUUAUUACCUUUGGUUGAUCAGAAAUUUCAUCGGCUUUUGUACAACGGGGAAGGCAAUUUGCAGAACAUGCCGUUAGCUUCACCAGAAGAUGCUGCUGUUUUCUCGCCGCAGAAUAUUGGCAAUAAUGAGAAAAAGAUUAACGAAUCGCCACUGCCAAGAACAGAAACUACUUUGCCACACGCAAGUUACAGUGAACUAGCUAUUGCCACAGAUGGAUGGAAUCAGCACAACAUAUUGGGAAGAGGUGGUUUUGGAACAGUAUACAGAGGCAUCUGGAAAAAUACUGAUGUUGCAAUAAAAAAAAUCCGACAAAAGGGAUCCGCUUCGGAUGAAAGUUACAUAUUGCAGCUGCAGCAAUCAUUGAAAGAAAUUAAGAUUUUGAAUUCUUGUACCCAUGAAAAUAUCUUGCCUUUAUAUGCAUACAGUCUCGGUGGCGAAGCACCGUGCUUGGUUUAUCAGCUGAUGAAGAACGGGUCUUUGGAAGAUAGGUUGCUAUUAAGACAAAAGACUAAACCGUUAACGUGGAUGCAAAGACAUGAAAUUGCUAAAGGUAUAGCACGCGGAUUGCAAUACGUGCACACCAUCGGGAAAAAACCAUUGAUCCAUGCUGAUAUUAAAAGCGCAAAUAUUUUGUUGGAUAAAAAUUUCGAGCCCAGGAUUGGUGAUUUUGGCUUGGCGCGGGAAGGUCCUGAAAGAGACAGUAUGAAGAUCAGCAGAAUUCAUGGAACUAGACCCUACCUGCCAGAAGAAUUUUUACGUGACAAAAAAUUGUCCACAAAAAUAGAUACUUAUAGUUACGGCAUAGUCUUAUUCGAAAUGGCAACUGGUCUUCGAGCUUAUGACGAUUCACGGCCCGAAAAGAAAUUGUUAGGAGAUUUAAUUGAAGCUUGGAAAGACAAAGACAUUUCUUUAUUGAUGGACAAGAAAGGUGGUGAAGAGAACAAACAGGUUUAUAGUAAUUUAAUAUCCAUAGGAAAAGGGUGUUCUAACGGGUCGGCGCAAAAGCGACCCGAAAUGGAACUUGUAUUUCAAAUAUUGAACAAAUAUGAAUUAUGAAAUUCAUAAUUAUUACAUAUAUAUUUUUAAGACGAAUUACUUAUUUUAUUUGCACAUAUAAUGAUAAGCAUAUUGUGAUAAAGUGGAUUUUAUAUACAUAUAUACAUACAUAU